UGGAGACGGAGUGGUAUUAAACAAUGGUCUAGGGCUAGGGUUUUGUCAGUGUGUACCAGAGUGAGAGAAGGACGCCGUUGCGGAUCACGAAGACACACACAUGGCGAGGAUCAAGGUUCACGAGCUGAGAGGUAAGCCUAAGGCCGAUCUGUUGGCCCAAUUGAAGGAGCUGAAAGCAGAGCUCGCUCUUCUCCGAGUCGCCAAGGUCACUGGUGGUGCUCCCAACAAGCUUUCUAAGAUAAAGGUGGUGAGGCUGUCGAUUGCGCAGGUGUUGACAGUGAUUUCCCAGAAGCAGAAGGCUGCUUUGAGGGAAGCUUACAAGAAGAAGAAGUUCCUGCCUCUGGAUUUGCGUCCUAAGAAGACCAGAGCUAUCAGGAAACGCCUUACUAAGCAUCAGGCAUCUUUGAAGACUGAACGAGAGAAAAAGAAGGAGAUGUAUUAUCCCAUGAGGAAGUAUGCCAUUAAGGUGUAAGCGUGGAUUUACACACUUAUGGACGACAUCUUGGUGUCUUUUAACUCUCUAAAUUCCAAUACAAGGAUAUUGUUUGAGAUUUUUUGCCCUUGAAUCUUUAGUUACCGUCUCCCCCUAUCUUAGUUUGAACAUCAUGAAAGAACGAACUUCUGUAAGUUGAAUUUUACUUCCUAGUGCUGAAAUUUCCUAGUUUCAUGGUUUGGCUGAGGCAGUUUCGAGGAAUUUGCUCUGUUAAGACACUAAUACCAUUCUCCUUGAUAUCAAUUGUUUGCAUCUCCUCAA